AUGCGUUUACUCCAUACAAAAGAGCUGGACACUGGAGGGUUUGAGCUGAAAGAAUUCGGCCAAGAAAAUGUCCCGCCCUACGCCAUCCUGUCGCACACUUGGGGCGAAGAAGAAGUCACCUUUCAAGACAUGACUCUGGGUCGCUUCGCCAACAAGAAAGGCUACGACAAGAUCAGAGGCUGUUGUAUCUUGGCAAGGGCAAACGGAUACGACUAUGCCUGGGUAGACACGUGUUGCAUCGACAAGACAAGCAGCGCUGAGCUGUCCGAGGCAAUCAACUCCAUGUACCAGUGGUACGCUGAAGCCGAUGUCUGCUAUGGUUUUCUCGCAGACGUGCCGUCCAAGGUUGCCUUUUCGGAGAGCAGGUGGUUUACAAGAGGAUGGACGCUUCAAGAGUUGAUUGCGCCGGAGACGAUGAUCUUCCUAGACGACGCAUGGAACGAGUUGGGCACUAGAGAAAGCCUAAAACAAGAAAUUUCCAAGCGCACCGGCAUACCUAUGAGUGUUCUCUCCGGUUCCAGUCUCGGGAGUGUAAGUGUUGCGCAGAAAAUGUCCUGGGCCGCCUCGAGACAAACAUCACGGUCUGAAGACCGAGCCUACUGUUUAAUGGGCAUAUUCGGCAUCAACAUGCCAUUGUUGUAUGGCGAGGGGGACAGAGCUUUUAUGAGGCUCCAAGAGGAGAUUAUGAAGGUGACGGACGACGACAGCAUCUUCGCCUGGAGAUCCAAA